AUGUCGGAUAGAGUUCCAGCUACCGACUCAAAUAAUCCAUCCGUGUACUUAAACCAGGUGGUACCCUCUCCCUGUCCACACGGGGAUGUUCUGGUCCCUUGCAGCUUCUUCAACGCGCCAUCUCCUUAUUACCUUCUUACCCACUCUUUCCUCCUUCCCCGCCUCCAGGCGGAGCAUGGUCGCAUCCCCGUUACAUCCAACAAAUACUCACCGACCACGGUACUCACCGACCACGGCCUAAUUGACAUCAAGGUCGAACCAUACCAGUUCGUUCAGGUUGCCGAUUCUCCGGGUGACAUGGCUAGGAAGAUGCGCCCCGUCGUUCCGAUCCUGACUGCCAAAUGGGGUAAAGAAAAACAAGAAUUAGGUCGGAAGGUGUUUGAAGAAGUAGAAGAGAUUUUGAAGAGGGAGCAGGGUGAGGGCCCGGUGAAGAUUUGGAGUAUAGCUUUGGUUGCUAUUGCUAAGAAACCGAACGAGUAG